AGAAAAUCCCUCCUCCUCCUCACGAUUAUUUUAUGUAAAAAAAAGUGAAGUUUUGUUGCCUGGUUGUUGCACAGCAUGUAUGUCUAGUCUACGUCUAUACUAGGUAUUCAAAAAGUAUCUUCUCUCGUAAUAUCAGUAGUUGAAAGUCACAUCAAGUUUUCCAAACAGGAAUGUCUCCUGUACUGACUGCUUUGAUGUUCUAUUCAUGUAGACUUCAUCCAAUGUAGAUUACUCAUCCAACGCAUCAUCGGUCAUACUGCAGUGACUUUACAGUGAUCCUGUUUCAUUUUGGACAACUCAGAAGCAAAAUGAAGCUGAAAGAAAUACAAUACCAUGCUUUAACGAGUCAGAUAAGCAGCAAGCACUGUUGUUCAUGGUCCGAAGACAAUAGUCUAGCCAUUUUAACUAAGAAUGGAAUCCUAAUAGUUGGCUUCUGGAGGUUGUUCUCAUUGGUUUGCCUGAUUUCAAUCUUACAUUGCAUUCCAAGUGCAGAAGCCACUGACAUCACAAAUGCUGUUUUUGGGAAUCACAUUCCGGGUCUCCCUGCGGCCUUUGGAGAUUUCAACUCGGAUGAACUAACAGAUUUAUUCACAAUCCGGAGAUAUGAGAACGGAAAAGGUAGUUCAGUAGAAAUACUACUGGCCUCAGACUCUGAGCCCCUAUUACGACCAGACAAGAAACUGGUUUGCUCAUUCGAGAACCAUGUAAUCACCAGUGUUGUCCCUGGUGAUUUUGAUCAUGAUGUAAUGAUGGACGUUUUAGUAACAGCUGAAAAUACGGCAGAUAGUGGAGACUCUCACAUUUAUGUAUAUGUCCAUAAAGGUUCAUUAAAAGCCAUCGAUUGUGCUGAUGAAGCUUAUCCUUUAAUUAAAAUGAAAAGUCAACCAAUUGCUGUAGACUACAACAAAGAUAUGGUUAUCGACCUUUUUGGCGAGGAUGAGGAUGGGAAAAGAAUGUUUUGGGUAUUUCCUGCAAAUUUCUCUAAGAAUGAGUCGCCUCCAUCUUAUCCUCUCUCAAACUCUACGGAGGAGCCAUUCCGGAAAGUUCAUUCCAAUGCUUUUAUCGACUUGAAUAGCGACAGUGAUGCUGACUUGUACAUCACAUCACAAAAACACCUUGAAAUUUGGUACCGCAGCUAUAACGGCAGCUUCAUCAAAAAUACUUCGGAAAAUGUUGCUAAUUCUAAUCGAGUCGUAGGGCAGACGUUAUUCCUUGACUUUCAAUCGACAGGAGAACUCCAUCAGUUAGUGCCUAUUUGCACAAAGAACAGUGAUGGAUUGGGAUGUAGAUCAAGUGAGAUUCACAUAUUCUUACCUGCUAAUGGCACGAAAAUGAGCAGCGAACCUCUAACAGUGAACUUUGUAAACCAAGCCAAGCAAAAGUGGAGUUUUUCAUAUGAUGAACAUUCCAAAGAUCAUUACUUGAAUGCUAUAACACUAAGAGCUGGUGACUUCAACAUGGAUGGGUUUCCUGACCUCCUGGCUACUCUCUCUCCAGAAAAUGACAGUAGUUUUAAACAAACGUUUCUGCUCGAAAAUAUUGAGUGCACAACCUGUGGUCUCUUUCAACGGACAUUUGCUGUCCGUUGGUCUGCACUCAGUGCCUCUAAUAACAAUACUGUUCUCGGUGUUUUCUAUGAUUUUUUCCAAGAUGGCAUAUUAGAUGUUAUAUUUGUCUCGCAAAUCAACAACAAAGUCACUGCCUUUAGAAAUAAUCCUGAUUACGAUGCCAAUUUCUUGAAGGCAAUGGUUAUCUCUGGUGUCAGGCAAAACUUUGAAGCUUUACCCACUGGUCCUCUUGGCAAGAAGUAUCGUACAUAUGGUACUAAUCUACCGGGCCCAACAAUUAGUUACAAAACUACAACUCCAGAAGGACAACCUCAGAUAGCAAGCUCUGCCCAACUACCUCAGUCUGCCCACUACUCGCUGAAUUUGCCCUAUACAAUAUUUGGUCUCGGCCGUUCUCCUAAUUUUAUCGAUAGUUUAACUGUUCAUUUCUUGGGUAGCCAGCGAUCUUGGAAUCAGUUAAUACCAAAUUCGCAAAUUAUAGUCAUUCCAUAUCCUUUAGCAAAUCCUAACUCAUGGAGGACGCAGUUGUUUGUGACUCCAAGUAAAAUUAUAUUGCAGAGUGUUUUUGCAUUGCUUGGGACAUGUCUCUUGAUUUCUGCAAUAAUUGCUGUUUUGUACUGGAAGGAGCGUAAAGAAGAUAAACGAGAAAAACUCCAGCAAGCCCACCGAUUUCAUUUUGAUGCAAUGUAAACUAUUGGCUUCAGAUGUUCACAUCCUGGAUCCUUAUUUCUGUGAUAAGAGUUUUUACGAUAGUCCCUCAUUUUUUUUUUAAGUCAUUGUGUUUCUUCAGAUGAGGUCAUGUGAAAACAUUGAUUUCCUUUUUCUCCCACUUUUUUCUCUGUGCAUUAACUUUCUCAUCUACUCAUACAUCAGUUUUUCAGUAAAGAUAUUAUUUCAGCUCAACAUCAAUUGAACACUGAUGUUCAGUAGAACUUUUAAAAGAACCACUUUACUCGUUUGAUUUUGUUGCAUUUGUUUGAAUUUCAUUGUUGUUCCAUUCUGCCUCUUUGAGACAGUGACUGUGAGGCUAAGGAAUUUUGUUUGACCUUAUUAUUUGUUAAAUUUUCCCUCCCAGGCACUAUUUAUUACACCUUUUAAUGCGCUGUAAGUGAUUGAUAACAUAAACAGUAUUUUAUUUUCACUUUGAAAUUUUAGGAGCUAUUCCAUCUACAAGCCUGAUUUUUAGGCAUAAUUUUGAAUUUUUAAGAAGCCACAAAGAUUUUUGAUGAUUCAGUCGGAAUCAGCAGUUGCAGUCUGCAUCAGUUUUGUAGGCGUUGUUUUUAGUGGGGCCUUUCUAUUUCUAAGCGCAUGAUGCCUGGUACUUAAAAUUGAGACACUAAAUCCAUAUACUUUUGGUUGCUCCUGCUCUGUAAUUUUUUAUUUAUUGUAGACAUUCUUACUGAUGCCAACGCAGCAUCAAUUUCUCAUUGCGGUUGUGACAGUAACUUAAAUCGUAGUUCAUAUAAUUUAAAAAAACAAGGAGUGGUAUCUCUGGAGCAGUGUGAUUUUAAAUUUGUUUAACUAAAUGAAAUUGAAUUCUUUCUUCCCAUUUAAACUUUUAGAAUAUUCCUUAGUUCAUCUCAAACCAUCUUCGUUUUUUUAAAAACAAUUAGAUACAUUUUGAAGAGUUAACUUUUUAAGUAGUGGCAAUGGUUUUAAUGGUGACACUUAACCGAAAGAUUCUUUUUGUAUUUUGCCUCCAUCAAAAUUUUAACCAUUCUUGUUCCUGAAUUGCCAGUAAUGUCAUCAACUCUUGUGCCUUUACUUGAAGAUUUUAUGUGAACAUUCGCAAUUAAAAAUCGGUAAAUUCGGAUUUCGGCUCAUUCAUCAUUAUUCAUUUAGUUUUCUCUGGAUGUACUUGGGUAUACCGCAGUAUAUCUCCGAGGAAAACAAAGACUAAAUUGUAUUUCAUCAUCCAUUCAAGAGCCUAUAACUGCUCCAUAUCUCAGUUCUUGUUAACAUAGGCAUGUGCUGGAGUAGGUCAGGUUGUGCACAUCGACAAAUUUUAAACAGAAUUUUUAAUUGACCUCUGAUAGAUGUACAUUCAUUUUGCAGAAAGUGACCCUUUCUUUCCCUAGUGAAGCGAGUGUGUCAAAAUCGACCACAAAUUCUGCAAAAACAAAAAGUUGCCUUGGUCUCCCAGGUCUCAUUCAUUGGGAUGGAAGGAGAGGAAGGAUUACUCCUUAGAACUUUGAAGAGAGUCCCUAUAAGCUCUGAAUUUUCUAGAUCCAGUACACAAAAAAAUGCUCUGCACAUGCCUAGGCCUGUCUAUCCCCCAUUCGCUGCUAGCUUAUACGUCAGGAGGUAUAAGCUAGCAGCGAAUAGAUAAACAUGAGUUUAGGUUAUAUACUGUGUAUGAGAGAAGAACUUCAGCGGGCGGAUUAUGGAAAGUUUAUAGCAACACGAUUAGCCAUCAAAAUAUGACUUAUUGCAUGGUUAAGAUGGAGCCAUGUCUUAUCUUGUCGUAUCAACAUAGAUUCAAUUAUAUGGCCGCAGAUUUUAUCUCUCAAUUUUAUGAUGAAUAAUCCUGAACUCUUGAUUUAUUUUCAUCAUGAUUAAUUUAACUCUCUUUACCUAUUUAUUUAUUUUUUCAAUGUAUUUCAUCUUAAUUUUAUUUUAUUUUAUUUUUUGAAAAUCUUUACACCAAAAAUUUCAUGUAUUGAUCGGUCCAUCAAUAUUUUCUAACCCUUGACAGUUACCGAAAGCUGUCUUUCUCUUUUAAUUAGAUUAUUUGUGUCCCUAUGUUUUAUGUAAGUUUUUCAAGUUCACCUUUAGUUCAUCUUAGUGUGAGCAUUUUUCAUUGGCUAAUGUAAAUAAUUUUCUUGUAAGUAUGUAAAAUUAAACGUCCUUAAAAUUGUUAA